AAGAAAAGAAGAAAACGAUUCGUAAGCUGUGACGUAUAACACGUUGACAUGUUCUUCCAACUGAAUUAGAGUGAAGACGACCACUCUUCUUCUUCCUUCUUCUUACAAAUAAAUAAAUUGUGUGUUUCUGAAUCUGUCACUCAACUUCACUCGCCCCACUCACCAGGGUCUCCUCUUGCUGCCAAAGGAGAAAGAGGGGAGCUUUUUGUGCUGAUGCUUUUUGCUUGAACUUCUCCAGUAAAGAAUUUUAUAGCAAUGGCUUUUGAGCCAUUGGAUUGGUAUUGUCAGCCAGUUGCAAAUGGAGUAUGGACCACAACAGUUGACAAUGCCUUCGGAGCUUACACUCCUUGCGCGGUUGAUUCUUUGGUGAUCUCCGUUUCUCAUUUGGUGCUUCUAGGCCUGUGUGUCUACCGGAUAUGGUUGAUUAAGAAGGAUUUCAAAGCCAAAAGGUUCUGCUUACGGUCAAAACUCUAUAAUUAUUUGCUUGGGUUGUUAGCUUUGUAUUGUGUGGCCGAGCCCUUAUAUAGAUUGAUUGCUGGACUAUCAAUUCUAAAUUUAGAUGGUCAGACUCAACUUGCGCCAUUUGAGAUCACUUCACUGGUCAUUGAAGUUCUUACUUGGGGUGCUAUGCUGAUUUUGAUUGGCGUCGAGACUAAAGUUUACAUUUACGAAUUCAGAUGGUUUAUCCGAUUUGGUUUGCUUUAUUCUAUUGUCGGGGAUACUGUUAUGCUCAACCUUAUCAUCUCUGUGCAGGAGUUGUAUAGCAGGUCAGUGCUGUAUUUGUACAUAAGCGAGGUGGUCUGCCAGGCUUUGUUUGGACUACUUUUGCUUGUGUAUAUACCUACUUUGGAUCCUUAUCCGGGUUAUACCCCUGUUCGGAGUGACUUGGUUGUUGAUGCUGCAUAUGAAGAACUGCCCGGAGGAGAGCAGAUAUGUCCUGAAAGGCAUGCAAACAUAUUGUCAAGAAUCCUUUUUUCUUGGAUGAAUCCUAUCAUGAAUCUAGGAUAUCAAAGACCCCUUACAGAGAAAGAUAUAUGGAAGUUAGAUACAUGGGAUCGGACUGAGACACUGAAUGAAAAGUUCCAGAGAUGUUGGGUAGAAGAAUCUCGGAGGUCGAAACCUUGGCUUUUAAGAGCAUUGAAUGCAAGCCUUGGUGGGAGGUUUUGGUGGGGAGGAUUUUGGAAGAUUGGAAAUGAUCUCUCCCAGUUUUUGGGCCCACUAAUAUUGAAUCAGCUGCUAGAGUCUAUGCAAAAUGGUGAUCCAGCCUGGAUUGGAUACGUUUUUGCCUUCUCAAUAUUUGUUGGAGUGGUCUUUGGGGUGUUAUGUGAAGCUCAAUAUUUUCAGAAUGUCAUGCGUGUUGGAUUCCGGCUAAGAUCAACACUGGUAGCUGCUGUAUUUCGCAAAUCAUUAAGGCUUACCCAUGAAGCUCGAAAGCAAUUUGCAUCUGGAAAAAUAACCAACUUGAUGACUACUGAUGCCGAAGCACUUCAGCAAAUAUGCCAGUCACUUCAUACUUUGUGGUCAGCUCCGUUCCGCAUUACCAUUGCCAUGGUUCUUCUUUAUCAACAACUAGGUGUUGCUUCCCUUUUGGGCGCUUUGAUGCUAGUCCUUAUGUUUCCAUUACAGACAUUUAUCAUCAGUAGAAUGCAGAAGUUGUCUAAGGAAGGAUUACAACGUACAGACAAGAGAAUUGGCCUUAUGAAUGAAGUUUUGGCAGCUAUGGAUACUGUAAAAUGUUAUGCAUGGGAGAGUAGUUUCCAGUCUAAAGUUCAGAAUGUCCGAGAUGAUGAAUUAUCAUGGUUUCGAAAAGCAUCAUUACUUGGAGCGUUAAAUGGAUUCAUACUGAAUAGUAUUCCAGUUUUUGUAACUGUGAUUUCAUUUGGAAUGUUCACCUUACUUGGAGGGAAUUUGACACCCGCAAGAGCUUUUACAUCACUUUCUCUGUUUGCUGUGCUUCGGUUUCCUCUCUUCAUGCUUCCUAAUAUUAUAACUCAGGUUAUUCUCCAUUGUAAUUUUCUUUUGUUUUGUUGAUUUACCAGCAGGAUAAUGACAUAAUGCACCCUUCAACCAAAUCCACCGCUUGAGCCAGGAUUACCAGCCAUCUCGAUCAAAAACGGAAACUUCUCCUGGGAUUCCAAGGCAGAAAGGCCUACAUUGGCAAACAUAAACUUGGAUAUACCUGUUGGUAGCCUAGUUGCAGUUGUUGGAAGUACAGGAGAAGGGAAAACAUCACUAGUAUCUGCAAUGCUUGGAGAACUCCCUGCAGUUGUAGGUUCAACUGUUGUUAUGAGAGGGACAGUUGCUUACGUACCCCAAGUCUCUUGGAUUUUUAAUGCAACUGUGCGAGAUAAUGUUUUAUUUGGUUCUGCCUUUGACCCAAUAAGAUAUGAAAGGGCAAUAGAUGUGACUGAACUACGACAUGACCUUGAGUUACUGCCUGGUGGUGAUCUUACCGAAAUUGGUGAAAGAGGUGUGAACAUCAGUGGUGGUCAAAAGCAAAGAGUAUCCAUGGCUAGAGCUGUCUACUCCAAAUCCGACGUGUACAUUUUUGAUGAUCCCCUUAGUGCUCUAGAUGCACAUGUCGCUAAACAGGUUUUUGAUAAAUGCAUCAAGGGAGAAUUGAGAGGGAAGACCCGAGUUCUUGUUACAAAUCAACUGCAUUUCCUUUCACAGGUGGAUAGAAUCAUUUUGAUCCAUGAAGGUACUGUGAAAGAGGAGGGAACAUUUGAGGAGCUCUCUAACCAGGGGCCAUUGUUCCAAAAGCUUAUGGAAAAUGCUGGAAAGAUGGAGGAGUAUGAAGAAGAAACGGUAGAUACUGAAACUGCUGAUCCAAAGUCCUCUUCAAAACAGGUGGCCAAUGGAGAACUUAAUGAUACUGCAAAGAGUGGGAGUAAGGCAAAAGAAGGAAAAUCUGUCCUUAUUAAACAGGAAGAACGGGAAACAGGUGUUGUCAGUAUGAAAGUUUUAGCAAGAUACAAGACUGCAUUAGGAGGUCUUUGGGUGGUUGUAAUACUCUUUGGAUGCUAUUUCUUAACAGAAGUGUUACGAAUUUCAAGUAGCACAUGGUUGAGCCAUUGGACUGAUCAGAGUGCUUCAGUGGGCUAUGAUCCUGGAUUUUAUAAUCUGAUAUAUGCAGCUCUAUCAUUUGCUCAGGUUAUGGUGACUUUAACAAAUUCUUAUUGGUUGAUCAUAUCAAGUCUAUAUGCAGCCAGAAGGUUGCAUGAAGCCAUGCUUCACUCCAUAUUACAAGCUCCUAUGGUUUUUUUUCAUACAAAUCCACUUGGAAGAGUAAUCAACAGGUUUGCAAAGGAUUUAGGUGACAUUGAUCGUAAUGUUGCCCCAUUUGUCAAUAUGUUUCUGGGUCAAGUGUCUCAGCUCCUUUCAACAUUCGUCCUGAUAGGGAUUGUCAGCACAAUGUCCUUGUGGGCGAUAAUGCCGUUGUUGGUACUGUUUUAUGGAGCAUAUCUCUACUAUCAGAGCACCGCCCGUGAAGUAAAGCGCUUAGAUUCAAUUAGUAGAUCCCCUGUUUAUGCACAAUUUGGAGAAGCACUUAAUGGUCUAUCAACAAUUCGCGCUUACAAGGCUUAUGACCGCAUGGCUGAUAUCAACGGAAAGUCCAUGGACAACAACAUACGAUUCACUCUGGUGAACAUGAGUGGAAAUCGAUGGCUUGCAAUUCGAUUGGAAACUCUGGGAGGUCUCAUGAUAUGGUUUACUGCAACCUUUGCGGUAAUGCAGAAUGGGAGGGCCGAGACUGGUGUGCUCAGGCUUGCUAGUUUGGCUGAGAAUAGUCUAAAUGCCGUUGAGCGUGUUGGCACUUAUAUAGAUUUGCCUUCAGAGGCACCAUCCAUCAUUGAGGAUAGUCGCCCCCCUCCAGGCUGGCCCUCAUCUGGAUCAAUCAGAUUUGAGGAUGUUGUACUUCGAUACAGGCCUGAACUUCCUCCUGUCCUUCAUGGCUUGAAUUUCACAAUUUUUCCAAGCGAUAAGGUUGGCAUUGUAGGAAGGACAGGAGCUGGAAAAUCUAGCAUGCUUAAUGCUUUAUUUCGAAUUGUGGAAUUGGAAAGAGGAAGAAUAUUAAUUGAUGAUUGUGAUAUUGCAAAGUUUGGGCUGGCUGAUUUGCGUAAAGUUCUUGGCAUUAUACCACAGUCCCCUGUUUUGUUUUCAGGAACUGUAAGAUUUAAUCUUGACCCUUUUAAUGAACACAAUGAUGCUGACCUCUGGGAGGCUCUGGAGAGGGCACAUUUGAAGGAUGUGAUACGGAGGAAUUCUUUGGGGCUGGAUGCUGAGGUCUCUGAGGCAGGCGAGAACUUCAGUGUUGGGCAGAGGCAACUGUUGAGUCUCUCUCGGGCAUUAUUGCGUAGAUCAAAGAUAUUAGUACUUGACGAAGCCACUGCAGCAGUAGAUGUUAGAACAGAUGCCCUCAUACAGAAAACAAUUCGAGAGGAAUUUAAAUCGUGCACCAUGCUCAUCAUUGCUCAUCGUCUUAACACCAUCAUAGACUGUGAUAGGAUUCUUUUGCUUGAUGGUGGUAAGGUUCUUGAAUAUGAUACCCCUGAAGAACUGCUAUCAAAUGAAGGCAGUUCGUUCUCUAAGAUGGUGCAAAGUACAGGAGCCGCAAAUGCCCAAUAUCUACGCAGCUUAGCACUCGGGAGUAAGUCAGAUAGGGAAGAGAGUAAGCAUAAUGAUGGCCAGAAAAAAUGGCUUGCUUCGUCUCGCUGGGCUGCUGCAGCUCAAUUUGCCCUUGCCGUCAGUCUCACCUCAUCACAGAAUGACCUAAAAAGAUUGGAAGUGGAAGAAGAGAAUAGCAUACUCAAGAAAACAAGGGAUGCUGUGAUAACUUUGCAGGGGGUUCUGGAAAGGAAGCAUGAUAGAGAUAGAGAAAUCGAGGAAUCUUUAGACCAAUACCAAAUAUCCUCAGACAGUUGGUGGUCAUCACUCUACAAGAUGAUUGAAGGUCUUGCAAUGAUGAGCAGACUGGCCAGGAGCAGGCUUCAUCAAUCAGACUUUGAUUUUGAUGAUAGAUCAAUUAACUUUGAUCAAGUUGAUAUGUAGCCAAAGCUGCACUGUUAUAUAUUACCACUGCUUCAAAAUAACUGUUCAUUUGGACAAACAAUUAUUGUGAAUUGCAGGGAAUAUAACAUGUGCCACAGUCCCACCAACUGACUCCCAUACCCAAGGUUGUGCUAACUCUAUUUUUGGCAAUAGCUCCAUCACUUAGCCAUGAGACCUGAGUUCGAAAAUGCAAUAAGUUUCAUUUUGAUCUUAAUCCAGAAAUUAACCCAAUUUCCCUUAUCAUUUGUAAUGUAAUUUUUAUUGCCCAAAAUAUAUUAGGGAAAAAAAAAAUUAUCUUUUAGGUCUUGAAUACUUGUGUUUGGAUUUUGGAAAAAGAUUCUCUAAAACUAAGUGAGAAUAUAAAAUGUUAAUUAUUCUUAAA